ACUAAACAAAAACGACAGCUAUCCGGAAGUUGUUCAAGAAACUAUGGCCGUCAACGUGUACGCUGGAGUGUAAACAUGAAAGAGAAGUGUAAACAUGGCUUGAAAUUGUUAACAUCAGGGUAAAUAGUGACAUGAAUAAUGACCUGAGCUAUUUUUAUAGACUAUGCCUCAUCCGAUGUCCAGUUUUAUUACAAUUUAGACAAAUGUGGCUACGAAGUAAAGUGCAAAAUGCAUUCCUUGCAUUGAAUUCCUUGAGUAAGCCAAGGAAAUUCAUUCUUGCCGCCAUCGUUGUCUUAGCUCUGCUCUACUACUUGCUCCCAUUGCUGUUUGGCUUGUCAAAGAACAAAAUUAGCACACAGCCAGCAGGAAGUUGCUUAGAAGAAAAAAUCCAAAAGGAAUUUUACAAGUCUCUUGGUUCUUUGGACACGGUUGUUCGACACAAACCACUACAUGAAAGUGAGGGAGAACAUGCAUACCCGAUGUAUGUUGGUAAUGGCAAAAUAGCAGCUGCAUUUGAUUCCCAAAAUGGCGCUUUUAUUAGAUUAAAUCGUGCACUAUCCAUACCUGUUAAAUUCUACCCAGUCAUACAGACACACAUUGAUGAUAAAGUUGUUGAUGAAGCUUUUGUACUUAACAUGAAAUCGGGUAUCGCUUAUCGACUGCAGUCUUUAGUGACACCCUCAGGAUGUGUUUCUAUUGGCUCACAGAUAUACGCUCACAGAUCCCGACCAACAUUAUUUAUACAAGAUAUUCGUAUUCAGAAUCCUACCAGAUUUCCUAUAGUUGUAGAACUAGAUCAGACAGGUGCCUCAGGAUGGAAGGGGUCAAAAACAGAACAGUACAGUGCAGGAAGUCGCACCGGCGAUAACAUUAAGUACAAAGUGACAUCUGGACUUGUCAAGGUACCAGGAUCCAAUUCGGUUGUUGCAGCAGCAUUUGGAAUGAUGUUUAUAGACCAGAACACACUAUCAGUUAAAUCGCACUCAACAGUAAAUUAUCAUAUCAUCACCGUUGUGCAAUACACAAAACCAUUGCGGAGCCAGGAAGCUAACAAACACUUACCUGACCUGUCCAAGCAGGUGCAGCUGGACAUGGCAAGUGCCUUAGAAAUUGAUCAGAAGCGUCUGCGCCAGGAGCAUGUUAGUGUGUGGGCCCGACUGUGGGAGAGUGGUUUCAGCAUCAGUCACUCACGGGCAGCGGGAGUCCUCAACGGGGAGAAGAUUAACAUGACCAUGUAUUAUGUGCUGAGUAAUGUUCUUGCCCCACUCCAUGACAUUACGACGACAAAAGACCAGAAGACAAAUAUCCUAAAGGUCCUUUACUACCCUGAUCACUGUUACAGUGAACACUCCACACUGCAGGCGCAGACACUGUGGAGUGACGUAACGGCCGAGGAUCAGAUCGCUCAAGUUGUAACGACGUGGAUGAUCACUCUUGAGAACCACGGCUGUCGGGUCAUGGUGCAGUCGGGGGCCGAGGGGGUGCUUCAGGCCAUGCUGCUGAGCUUAGGGGCGCUUCGUUUCCGUGAUGACCACCUUGAGUAUGCAGUCCAUCCGAAGGAGCUGCACCGAGAUCUGACAUUCCGCCGCAUCAACUACGGCAACAACACGCACGUCAACAUAUCCGUGAUCGUCGGUGACGAUAACAAAGCCAGCCUGUUUGUGGCACUGGAUCGCAACGACAAGCCGUACUAUGCCUGUGACGCGGGCUGCCUUGACCCGCCCAUGCUGCUGAGUAGAGACUGGAAACGUUUCCCGGUCAAACUGACGGAGCCGCUGACGUCAAUUCUGUACAUCACCGCCGACAAGACUCACGUGGAGGAGCUGAAACACGUGAUCCACGUGAAGGCCGUGGAGGAGGCGCCGCCACAUGAACAUCACGUGAUGGCCCUACACAAACAUGGACACCACUUCGGGGGCCUGCCCACGCUCUUCUGGGUGGCCAUUGUGUUCCUUAUUCUCAUAUUUCAUCUCUUCCUCUUCAAGCUCAUUUAUAAUGAAUACUGUGUGGGACAAGAACGCUAUGCAAGGACUAAAUACAAUAUGUAAAUUUAUGUUCAUUAAUGUUUCUUUGUCUCUGGUGUUCAGGGUUCGAACGUAAUAAUUUGUUACCCAGGUAAGUUUUAAAAAGAAUGCAGUGGCAGUGUUUUAUAAAGUGAUUUUUGCAGCAAAUAAACAUAACUGAAAUGUUAUUUUAAUGUACCAUAUAUCAGGGAUCUCACUGACCCUCGAAAAGUGUCUUUUGAAGCAUGGAAUUUGGACAGGACUCUUAUUUUUUUAAUUUUAACUUAAAAUCCUAUUAUGGGACUCCCCAAAUUUCACAAGAAAGCUCAAAUGACCCCCAGUGGAGAAAGUCCAGUGAGAACCCUGAUAUAUGUAGAUGUAUUUCAAAUGAAUAAAUGUUAAAUAAUGGCAGAUAACGAACACUACAUGUAUACAUUAUGCUGUCAAUAAUCAGGAGCUAUAUACAAAUGGCAGUAAUUUUUAUCCUGUGGCACAAAAGUGGCGUUAGUGAUGCUCCUCACCUAUGACAAGUUAUGUCUCAAAAUUGGCAAUUUCUGACAGUGCUGCUGUUAUGUUCGAUCCCAGGGUGUACAUGUAUCGGACGCUUAAAUACAGGGAAUUUUGCAGGGUGAGGGUUAAACACAGGCAAGUUGCAGGGUUUCUGCCAGACGGUAAAACGGGUAUGGCACCAUACCCAAAUUGUUUUGCAGAUUUCUGUUUUUUUAAGUUACCUUUUGACAAAAUUAAUUACUCUUUAUGAUUACUGUAUGAUUUUCUUAGCCCUAAACUUAACCCAUUUGUUGACUGGUUGCAUUCAAUUCCAUAGUCCCGUACCCAAAACUUUCUUUCUGGCAGAAACACUGAGUUAAGAUUUAAAAGUUUCCAGGUGGGUCUGGAGGCAUGUUCCCCCCCAUAAAAUUGUUAAAACUAGAUGUCCUAAAAUGCAAUUGUAUGCGUUAUAUACAUGUAUAUAUAUAUGUAAAGUUCUUCAUGACAAAUGCUAGUAAAUACAUCACUUUUUAAAAUGUAUGCACUUUUCAUUACAUACAUGUAUAAUUUGUGCUAUAAAUGCCUGACAUCAUUUCCUUGAUGUGCUCAUGGCAAAGACUGUUCUUCAUGUCUGUGUGUGUAAAACCUCUCAAAACUGAACCCUCUGUAAACUGGAAUUCCCUCAAAACAAGACUUUUUCAUGAUCCAUUUUUAGAUACAUGUAUCUGUGCAGAAGAGAACCUCUGUAAACCAGAUACCUCUUAAAACUGGAUUUUUUUUACUUGCUCCUGGGUGUGUCCGUUUAAGAGGAGUUUCACUGUGUGUGUGUAUAUUUAGAGAAUAACUAACAAGCUACGAGGAAUUAUUAAUUAUCUGUCCCGAGUGAAUGAAUGUUGUAAACCCGAGCCUUUGAUAAUUUGUAACUCCUUGU